UGGCUUUUCAGUGUUUGAUUGGUCAUUGGAAAUCUUUAAAUACUUCACCUUAUGAUGAAACAUCUAGAACUGUGCGGUGAAUUUCAGUGCAUGUGAAUAGGAUCAAUUUCUGAUAAACUUUUUGGCUAACAACAUGAGUGGAUGUCCGUUUUUGGGGAGGAAGCAUCAAUUGUUUUCCAUUAACUCCAGUCAGCCGGAGGAAGACGAUUCUCAGAAAGGCAUCAACAAAGCCAGUAAAGGUGGAAUCGUUUAUGGAGAAUAUCUACAGCUUGAUAAAGUGCUGAGCGCUCAAGUCUUACAGAGUCAACAGAAAGGUGACAAAAUCCACGAUGAGCAUCUCUUCAUCAUUACCCACCAAGCAUAUGAGCUGUGGUUUAAGCAGAUAUUAUGGGAACUUGACUCUGUUCGGGAGCUUUUCACUAAAAAUCAUGUGCGAGAUGAGAGGAACAUGCUGAAGGUGGUGAGCAGGAUCCACAGGAUCACCAUGAUCUUUAAACUGCUGGUGGAGCAGUUCGCUGUGCUGGAGACCAUGACCUCUCUGGACUUCUUUGAUUUCAGGCAAUAUCUGUCUGUAGCAUCAGGAUUCCAGAGUUUUCAGUUUCGGCUUCUGGAAAGUAAGAUCGGCGUGGCGAAUCAUUUAAGAGUCGCUUACAACCGUCAGCACUACAGAGAUAACUUUCACGGACAGGAGAGCGAAACCCUGCUGAGGUCAGAGCAGGAACCCAAUCUGCUUCAACUGGUAGAGGAAUGGCUGGAACGAACUCCUGGGCUUGAAAGAGAUGGAUUUAACUUUUGGGGGAAACUGCAAGCCAACAUUGAGGAGGGUCUAAAGCUGGAGAAGCAAAAAUUGGAAGGAAUGUCAGAUUCUGAGGAGAAAGGGGACAUGCUGGAGGAUCUGAAGAAGCAGACUGAGGUGUUCACUGCCCUGUUUGACCCCAGUCGACAUGAGCAUCUUCUAAACAAAGGUGAACGGCGACUUUCUUACGAAGCCCUUCAAGGAGCUCUUAUGAUCAAUUUCUACAGGGAAGAGCCUCGGUUCCAGGUGCCGUUCCAGCUCCUCACUGCUUUGAUGGAGAUCGACACACUCAUGUCUAAGUGGAGAUAUAACCAUGUGUGCAUGGUGCACAGAAUGAUCGGAAGCAAAGCAGGAACAGGUGGAUCUUCAGGGUAUUGUUAUCUGCGCUCCACUGUCAGUGAUCGAUACAAAGUGUUUGUGGAUUUGUUCAACCUCGCGGCAUUCUUGGUCCCUCGAGCAUGGGUGCCCAAACUCAACCCCCAGAUCCAUAAUUUCCACUACAUGGCUGAGUGUUACGACAGCUCGUACAAUUCCUACAGCAGUGAGGACUCAGAUUAGAAAGAUGCUUUUCAGACUUGUUUGUCUUUGCUGAUUACAGAAAAUAAAGAUCAGGAGAUCAGGAAUAAUGCCAAGUGAAUGUAUCCAGAAGCCAACGUUUGUGCAUUUUGUGCACAGUUAAUCGAUUUUCUGUGACGCCGGAUGAGUACUUUUCAGGACAUAUAGUUGUAAAGAACAUAUGUGAUUUUGUAAUUCUGUUUUGAUACAAAAAAUUGGUUUUGAUAACAAAAGAAAUCACAAAACGUGUACAUAAUGUUUUAUAUUUUUGACACUGAUGUGAAAAAAAAAACAUUGGGUUUGUCAAUUUGACAUUUUGUAAAUAUUCUGUAUUUUAAAUAUUUUAAAGGAAUAUUAACUCCACAUUAAAAUAUAUUGAGUAUAAAUGCUAAUUUAUAUUAUAUUUAUACCAUGGUCUGUUUGAAUACUCGAUUCUGAUUCUGAUUGGCUGGAAGGUGAGCAUUAAAAUCGUUUAAUGCUUAGGUAGUUCCAGUCAGUUUGAUCAAUGUUUGAAAUUAAUUGAGGAAUAUAAAUGUCAUUUUCACUUGUUUGAUCAUAAAUUGCUCUGUAAACAUCACUAACAUCUUUAACUUGUAAAUGACCAUGGUAUAAGCUUCGCGUUGGGUAGUUCUUGGCCUACACCAUGCAUUAAAAUCCUUUAAUGCACGGAUUAUCCCUUACAUAAUAUAUAUCAUUUUAAAUGCAAUGCUUAAAUUUAAUGUUGAUCAAAGGUACAUUGUUCUGUGUGUGCAACUUGUGCAAUAAACACCAAUAACUUUCCGGAAAUUGCGGGAACCUCAGGUCACUUGCUGAAUGUUAAUAUUUGUUUGUCCUCUAGCUAAGUCACUGUGAUCUGACCCCAGUGUUUCUGUUUGGAUAUAAAUGACUAGUAUCAUUUUAACUAAAACAAAAAGACAUUUAAGAAUAAUUUGUAAAAAGGAAUUAAGCUCUUCUGUAGGCUG